GCAGCUCGGGAUCCAAGCGUCAAAGCUUCUAAACGCAAGCUAGAAGCUAGCUGCAGCAGUAUUACCAGAGAAAAUUUUGAUUUUGAAGAGUAGUAGUCGUAGUGAUCAGAGAGUAUAUAUCAGCGUGAGAAUGUCUCUGGUAAAGCUGUUUGAUACGCUGGCGUUCGACGCCUGGAACCCGUUCAGCAUCUUCGGCACAACGGUGGCGGCGGACGCGUGGCUGGCGAGCGACACGUCGGCGUUCGCCAACACGUACAUCGAGAGCCGGGAGACGGCCGAGGCGUACGUGUUCCGGGCGGACCUGCCGGCGGGGGUGAAGAAGGAGGAGGUGCGGGUGGAGGUGGACGAGGGCAACGUGCUGGUGAUCACCGGCGAGCGCAGCAUUCGGCGGGAGGAGAAGAGCCAGAGGUCGCACCACAUCGAGCGCAGCUGCGCCACCUUCUUCGGCAGGUUCCACCUCCCCGACGACGCCGUCGUCGACCUCGUCAGGGCGUCCAUGGACGGCGGCAUGCUCAUCGUCACCGUGCCCAAGGUGGUCGCCGACAAGCCAGCCAUCGCCGCCGCCCCCGCCGUCGCACCCGCUGCCGAGGCGAAGGCCAUCGAGGCCAGCCCGUAGUGAGGACGGUGCACACAGUCAGCUUCGUCUUGGACUCUUUCCAGUACUCAACGAUCCGUACGUACGUGUACGUUGUUCUCGAUAAGUUAAAGUGCUUGCGAGUAAGGUGCUUGCUGUGCUUUGGGUUAAUUACCUUGGUGUGAAAGCUUUCUCGAUGUAAGACAAGAAAGCAAAAAAGAAGAAGCCAUAUUUGCUUAAUGCAAUACAUGCUCCACUAACUUUCCUUCUGAAA